AGUUCCUUUCUCUGCUCCCGCGGGGCAGCCCGAGCACCGAUUCCCAUCUACCAGUUAUUUCCAAAGGCAAUUUCCCUUCCCGGUCAGACGUGCCUGUUGAUAGGAAGAGGCAAAUAGAUAAGAAGUUGAGAAUAGCUUAAGAUAGUUUGGAGGCAUAAAAUGCACUGGGAACUUGUGCAUUUUUGCUUUAUGCACGACAGCGGUAAAAAUCUGUGCAACAAGCACGCAGUAAACUUAAAUUCUUUGAACACUCCAUACACCUCAUAAUCACCAUCAAACUCUUGCAUGUAUAGUAUAGCCCACCUUAUUUCUUCUUGCGGGGAACCCAAGGUAGCUUCCCUGCAUCCUCACAACAACCUCCCUGUGAGGUAGGCUGGGCUGAGAGUGAGCGACCGGUCCGAAGCGUCCCGGUGAGCAUCGCGGCUGGGUGGGGACUAGGACCUGGACCUCUCAGUCCAUCCCUUUCGCCCUGUCCCACCCUGGCUCUUCUUUAGAAGGACACGUGUUGUUUGAAUAUCUCAAUGUGUGUAGAGGUGAAUGCAAAGGACACAGCCCCGUCACAUCAGUGGGCCUCCUGACACCAUUCAGUUCUUGAAGGAAGACGCAUCUAGGAGAAUGGCAGCUUUGAACUGGAAACCUUUUGUGUAUGGAGGCCUGGCUUCCGUCACUGCAGAAUGCGGCACCUUCCCAAUUGAUUUGACAAAAACGCGACUCCAGGUGCAAGGUCAGAAAAACGAUGUGAAGCACAGAGAAAUCCGUUAUCGUGGAAUGGUUCACGCGCUAGUGAAGAUUUUCAGGGAAGAGGGACUGAAAGCAUUGUACUCUGGCAUUGCUCCUGCUCUGUUACGUCAAGCUUCCUAUGGAACCAUAAAAAUAGGCACUUACCAAAGCCUGAAAAGACUAUUUAUUGAGCAUCCAGAAGAUGAAACCCUGGCAGUGAACGUGUCAUGUGGCAUCCUCUCUGGUGUCAUUUCAUCGUCUAUCGCCAAUCCGACAGAUGUCUUGAAGAUCCGAAUGCAGGCCCAAAGCCACGUGAUACAAGGGGGAAUGAUCGGCAAUUUCAUAAGCAUCUACCAAAACGAAGGCACCCGAGGACUGUGGAAGGGGGUGUCGCUCACCGCUCAAAGAGCAGCCAUCGUGGCCGGCGUGGAGCUUCCCGUUUACGAUCUUGCCAAGAAGCACCUAAUAAUGUCGGGACUCAUGGGUGACACGGUGUAUACGCACCUCCUAGCCAGUUUUACCUGUGGCCUCACUGGAGCUCUCGCAUCGAAUCCCAUUGAUGUUGUGAGGACACGGAUGAUGAACCAGAGACGCUUACGGAGCGGAGUACAUUGCGGCUACAAGAGCACUUUCGAUUGCUUCCUUCAAACGUGGAAGAACGAAGGGCUUUUUGCAUUGUAUAAAGGAUUCUGGCCAAACUGGCUGAGGCUCGGUCCUUGGAAUAUUAUCUUCUUUGUGACGUAUGAACAACUGAAGAACCUGGAAUUAUGAUGUGCUGGAUAUUAGAGAGUUUCAGUCCUUCUGAUGAUGAAUUCACUCUUCAAGUGGUCUUGAGUGUACUAUCCACAGUAGACAGCCGUUUUGACUGAAAGGAAAUGCCUGUGCAAGAACAUUAACACUUUCAAUGUCUCCACCGUUAUGGAAUUGUGCAUUGCUGGAGGUGGAAACAAAGUUCAGCAGACAUCAGAAUAUCUUUAAACACUAUUGAAUGUUAGCUCUGAUAAUAGCUUGAUGUUUGCAGGGGGUUGGAAGCAAGUGUGCCGAGCUUCUCCGAGUCUCUGCUCCAUGAAAUUUGCCCCGUGGUGUAGCAUUCAGUAACAAACUAUAAUUUAUGUAGUGUAGCACUGCACAGGUUGCGUUGUGUGUAUGUUGCGGCUGAAAACCGGUGUCCCUCCUUUCAAAUAUGCCACUGCAGCUUCAUCUUUAAUUAAGAUCCAUCUUCUGUGGGGCUAGGGCUCUGCAACUCUACAAUGACACCCACAGCAGAAUUGGUCACCUAGUUGCAUGUGUUUUGCUUGGGGACUGUCCUGUUGCAGGUCCCCGUUUCACUGAUGCACACGCAUCUCGACUGCAUUCUUGGGAAUGUGUGAAUCGGCUGCUUUUAAAGCAUUGCAGCAUGAACGUUCUGUCAGGGACAUGAAUUAGGAAAACCCACCGAUUCAGGGAACCCAUUGCAGAAAGCUCCGUCCUGGCGACAUGAGUUGCAUUCCCCUCUGGAACACCUUAAGCAUGCAUGCUUAAUAACAAUUCGGAGGAUGCAAUGCCUCUCCCAAAAGAGUGCCUGAGGAAACCCCCGUUGCAGGUAGAUGUAGAAAUUGGCCAGCCGGCGGCACAGAUUCUGCCUUUCCAUGUCCUUAUACCGGCUUCCCAGCAUAUGUGCCUGUGAGAUGCAAGCAGCAUUCUUAUACAUCUGUUCCUAUAACCGAGCGAUUUCCAUGCAGGAAUGGGAUCGCAUGUGAUGCGCCACGGAGGCUGUUCAGCGAAGAAUCCCCAAGCGCGAGGCACACGGGGCUUUGCGGUGGAGGGACCUUUCCCAUUCUCUGCGAGGUUCUUGUCAAGCAGAAAAAGAUCAGACUCGCUUGAGGUCUGCACUCUAGGACAUAGGAGGCCUAGCCGUGGAAAGAGUUGCACAGGGCUGCCCGGUUGCCUCCAACUUGCAGCGACCCCGUGGCUGAACGCCCUCCGGAAUGUCCUCUCCGGGACAGCUCCGUUCUUCUCCCAGGCUCAAGGCUUGUGGCUUUCUUUAUGGAUUCUGGGAUAUGCUUUCUCUCUGCCCAUCUCAUAAAGUUGUUCUUCCUUCACCUGAGUUAAUUUGUGUGGCGGGUCAGCUCAAAAGUCCAAAUAAUAGUAUUUUGUGACACUGCUGUUUUUCAGUUCAGUCUGCAGAGAGCUGCUUUGGAGUGGUUGACUGUGUGAAUGUCAAGAAAGUUUGUUUGUGCAUAGAAAGUAGAGUUUGAUGUAGAACUGACUUGCUGAGCUAAUUUGUACUGCUUAACGAGUACAUUCCACUUAAGGCAGUGUUCGGUGUUCAAGAUGCACAAAUGCGCAUGCCACUUUUUCCACUGAUAUUGACAUGUUUGUGUGUGUGUCAGAAGGGUAGACAUGAUGAGGGUUAUUCAUGGGGCAUUUUGUUACAAAGAAGUAUACUCUUUGGUAAAAUAUAUUUCUGCAAUGGACGUUACGCAUUCCCUGAAAUCUCACUGGAGAACCAGUGAAGAAGAAAAGGCCAGUUCGUGCAAUCUGCUUGGUUUCUCCUUGGUUUGGAGGCCACAACAUCCGUCUCAGGGAACCGAAGAAAUUAACGGGGUCCCCUCCCACAUAUCCUGGGAGGGGUUCCCACCAAAAGGAGUGGGAGCCUGGCUUGGAAAUCUUCGUGACAACAGGGUCAGAGUCCACCUGUGUGAAUGCACAGGUGACCACUCGAAGAACAAUGGGUACAGGUAGACAACCUGCCUUUCUGAAGAGGACUUCUGCAUAUAUUCAGCUGAAGGUGCUCAGAAACCUCUGCAUGGUCCAGAAACUCAAAUGUUCUGUGUGGAAGCACAACCCUGAGUGUGCUGAUCGUGGGAUAGUAUGAAAGUCCCUCAGCAGAGAGGACACUGGGGGCAAAUUUUUGUAUAACCCGGAAGUGGAUCUUAUACGGGGAGGUGAUGUGUGUGUGUGCUUGAACAAAACUUUCCUUGUCUGUCACUGACAUUGGGCAUCGUUUGGAAAUCAUCAUUAUGUAGAAAGGUUCUUAUGAAAAUUAGCUCGAGAAGUUAAAGUGUAAUUAUUACUAGUGAGCAAUUAUGGGUAUAGGAAAGUGGUUCCAUGGUUUAAAAACACUGCUGAACGAGCAGUUUGAACAAAGCUUGGAAAUGUUAAAUGCAAGUAAAUGUUACAGGUAAAUGUUUGUAAAAUGCAGGUAUUUUACAGAGGAAUGUGGACAGAGGUGUGCACAUUGCAUUGAAAUGCACAUUUGCUAAUGAAACGACAAUUCCUUUUUUCUGUAGCUGAGCUAAUCAUUAGCUGCUAUAACAUAAUUCUACUAAAAUGAAAGCAAUCAUUUGGAUGUAUUGAUCCUUCAAAAUUUUGUUAAUAUAUUCUGUGCUAUGAAUAUCCAUGGAAUGUUUCUGGGCUGUUCGGUACUUGGCUUGCAAUAGUUGUUUCAGCAAUGUUAUUUAUUCACACGGGUUCUGUACUAUUCAAAAUAGAUAAACUACCAUUAUUUUUUA